CUCCAUCGGAUUGCCAGUGAGUCGGAGAUCAUCAGCUCAACAGUGUGGUGAACUAAUGGCGACUUCAAAGGAUCUCUUACGCCCAAAGUCAUGUGAUACCUUUGUUGCAUUGCCGCCGGCAACUGCUGAUGGUAAUGUUAUAUUUGGUAAGAACUCUGACAGACCAUGUGAGGAAGUCCAGCAAGUAAUCCAUAUACCGGCUACUAGUCACAAAGCAGGAUCCAAGUUACAGUGUACUUAUAUUGAAAUAGAGCAAGUUCCACAUACUCACAGUGUUAUACUGAGCAGUCCAUCCUGGUUAUGGGGAGCUGAAAUGGGAGCCAAUGAAUAUGGUGUCUGUAUUGGUAAUGAGGCAGUUUGGACCAAGCUUAAUGGACCUAAUGAUAGAAAAGAACAACUGCUAGGGAUGGACUUCGUCAGACUGGGUUUGGAAAGAGGACAAACUGCCAAGGAAGCCAUGGAUGUGAUUACAUCACUAUUGGAGAAAUAUGGACAAGGUGGUCAGUGUAAUGAAGAUAGUGACGGUGAUUGGUGCUAUCACAACUCUUUUCUCAUUGCUGACUGUAAAGAAGCUUGGGUUCUCGAAACUGCUGGACAGUUGUGGGCUGCUGAACAUAUCACUGAGGGAAUACGUAAUAUAUCCAAUGGCUUGACCAUUCGCACUAAGAUUGAUGCAAUGUCUGAUGGUUUGAAGGAACAUGCUCAGUCUAAAGGUUUCUGGAAUGGUGAAGGAGAUUUUGAUUUUGCUUUAGCCUAUUCGUCUGAUAGUGACGGAAAAACUGUAGAUGACUGUUCUCGAUAUACUGCAGGCAAGAGACUCUUGUCAGCUAACCUUGGUUCUAUCAAAGCCCAGACAAUGUUUAAUAUCCUACGUGACACCGACAGCGGUAUUUGUAUGGAAGGAUCAUUCCUGAGUACAGGAAGUCAAGUGUCCAUUUUGUCACCGCCUGGUAGUACGAGUCCAUGCUGUCAUUGGUUCACUGCUACACCUAAUCCUAGCCAAUCAGUGUUCAAGCCGUUCAUCUUCUGUAAAGGUGUCAAGUUCCCCGAGUAUACAGUGUCACCAAACUUCGGUGACCAGGAUCCCGUGAAAGUGAAACCCCGAUUCCAGAAAAAAGUAGACCGUAGGCACGAAUUAUGGAAGGCGCACGAGUAUGCACGAAAACUGCUGGAUGAAGGAAAAGCAGAAGGAGAUGAUCUGUGGAAAACAAUGAGGGAACUGGAGGAACAAUGCAUUGAAGGGGUGGAUGAGUUCUUGAAAGGUGGAGAAGUAGAUGAAAGUGAAGUUGAAGAAUUGUUCCUUGAUUGUAUUGAAGCUGAAAUUAAGUUUUAUUAUUGA